AUGAUUGAAAAGGUGGUGGUGGUGUGUUGGGCUAUUUGGGAAAAUAGGAAUGACAUGGUGUGGAAUAAACAGGGUAAGGAUCCAGGGUCUUUAGUGCAUCAUGCUUUGCUUUUUGUUCAUGCUUGGCAGGUUGCUCAGGAUGGGUUUUCUGCUCAUAAUUCGGCUCCUAUGCAGCAUAUGCAUACGGUGGAUUGGGUUCCUCCCCAAAUUCAUUAUCUCAAAAUAAAUGUUGAUGCUUCUAUGGACUUUGGUAAUCAUUGUAUGAGUUUGGGGUGGGUAAUUCGAAAUGAGGAAAGAGUUGUGCAAGGGGUGGGUAUGCAAAAGGUCCAGGGUCUAUACACGGUUCGUGAAGCUGAAGCAAUGGGGGUUAGGGAGGUUUUGAGUUGGAUUAAAAGACAAGGGUGGCGACGAGUGAUUGUUGAAGCUGAUGUUCAGGUAGUGACGAAAGCUGUGGAACGAGGGGUGAACACUACUCCUUUUGGUGCACUUGUGUAUGACAUCCGGACUAUUCUGAAGCAGCUUAAUUCGAUUACUCUUACUUUUGUGCCUUUUAGAUGUAAUCAUCCUGCUCAUAUUUUAGCUAGAAAGUCUCUUUUCAAUCCAGACUAUGAGCCGUAUGUGUUUUUUGAUUCUAUACCUCGUUGUAUUUCUGGGCAUUUUAACCUUAUGAGUUAA